AGUCCUCCCAGUUGGGAAUGAGCGCCGCGACAUGGCUGAGGUUCCGCCGCUCCGAGUAGACCCGGACUUUGAGCCGCUCAGCCGGCCGCGCUCUUGCACCUGGCCGCUGCCGGAGCUCGUUGACCCGGCCAGCUGCGCCGCACCUUCCCCGGGCCCGUCGGCGCAACAGGAGCCGGCGGGAAACUCGCGCUCGUCGGAGGAGCAGCGCGACUCGCACGCGGUGCGCCGCCAUCCCCACCUGCAGCAGCCGGUCGGGACGAGCUGCUCCGGCCAGAGGAGGAGCGGCUCGUCCCGCCGCAACGCUUGGGGGAACAUGUCAUACGCCGACCUCAUCACCAGAGCCAUCGAGAGCUCCGCCGAGAAAAGAUUGACCCUGUCCCAGAUUUACGACUGGAUGGUGCAGAGCGUGCCCUACUUCAAGGAUAAAGGAGACAGCAACAGCUCCGCGGGCUGGAAGAACUCCAUCAGGCACAACCUCUCGCUGCACAGCCGCUUCGUGCGCAUUCAGAACGAGGGAACGGGAAAAAGUUCGUGGUGGAUGCUGAACCCGGAAGGGGGGAAGAACGGCAAGUCGCCUCGACGCAGGGCCGCCUCGAUGGACAACAACAGCAAGUUCGCCAAGAGCCGAGGAAGAGCCGCAAAGAAAAAAAUGGCUCCGCAGGACGGGGCCGAAGCAGGAGCGAGCAGUCCCGGUUCCCAGUACUCCAGUUGGCUGGGAAGUCCGAGCUCCCGCAGCAACGAGGACUUUGAGUCCUGGAGCUCCUUCAGAACACGCGCCGGCUCGGACGCCGGCGCCCCGAGCGACCGGCGUUCGCCGUUCUCCUCUGAGCGGGACGACCUCGGUGAAGCCGAAGGUCACCUGAUGUACCCCGGGGGGAGUAAGAUUGCCACGCCCCUCCCCAGCCUGUCGGAAGUGUCCGGAUCCCGCGGCGGCUCGGAGAUGGACAUGGAGAACUUGGCGGACAACAUGAACCUGCUGUUUCCGAAGAACCCCCGAAUGAGUUCUGACUCCGCUAAUGUCGCCAUGCUUCAGAGCGGUCCCUAUAACUGCCCCCAGCCGCGGCAGGACUUCCGAAAACGCACGUACGGUCAGGCCAGGAUGACGUCGAUGUCCCCUGUCCCGAUGCGUCCGCCCCGAGAGAACAAGCAGGACUUCGGGGCUUAUGAGAACCAAUACAUCUGCCCUGCUGGCCCACUGAAAGAGCUGCGGAGCUCAGAGGCAGCCAUGAUUCCCUGUAAGGAUUCGCAAAUGUCUCACGUCGGGAGAAUGCCUGCCUACGACAGCCAGACCCAGUUGGGGGUUCAUAAUGGCGCUAAAAUGAUCCAUCCCGCGCUGUCUGUCCAUCGCGCAAAUCCGCACGUUGGACAUAACCCGGGUCCUCCGACCUCACGAGACUUGAAUAGCGGCAACGCGAUCCCCUCGACCGGUCCGAGCAGUCUCCCGCGGGCCCCUCCUCAAAUGACGAGCCCGAGGACACACGUGCAACUGUCCCGCGCUCACCCGGCCCCGGCUCACGAUCUCACGUCGCCCUACCGCGGCGGCGGCGGCGGCUACAGGGAGCUUCUUCCGCAUGCUUAUCGCCAGGAGCGCCUGCCCAGCGACCUGGACAACGUGUCCAUCGAGAGGUUUGAAUGCGACAUGGAGUCCGUCCUCCAUGACACCCUCAUGGAUGGCGGGGUGCUGGACUUCAAUUUCGACCCGGCGGCCGCCUCGCAAGUGUUCCCCCAGAGGCUGAAGACCACCACGCACGGCUGGGUGUCAGGCUAGCCCGCUAGAUGUCAUUGUCCUUAUCCACCCUGAAAUAUUCCAGACUAUUUCCCCUCUUCCACGGCGCUUUAUCCUCACUAUGAGACCCCCCCCAAAAAUCUGUUACUCCACUAAGAGUAGCUGAAGUUAAGGUUCAUGUGUUCGUUAACCGUUCUUUGUUUACCGAUGUCAUCGGCUUUGCUUUGCCGGUAAGAGACACAAGACACAAGUUUACAAGUUCCUGUUAAAUGCUGGCCGUUCGUACGAUACCUCGUUUUUUAAUGGGUAAAGGUUAUCCGUUUGCAACAUUGGAUAGGCCUGUGACAAGUGACAUGUCCGUAUACAACAAAUUUGGACAUGUUACAGUUCAAGAGAAAAAAAAAAAAAAAGCAUUUUUGCCAUUCUCUUGUGACCCUCAAAACAUAUCGUUCAAGCAAAUACAAAUGAACUUUGACUCACAACUUAAUGGGACUUUUAAUACCGAUGAAGUAGGACGAUAAGCAAGUCGGGGGGCUGGGUCGGCGUGAGUGACUGAGCGUUUGCAUAAGCAGGAAAUUCCACUUACACUUACUUGCCUUUCGCAAACAGAUGUGUUUUUCCAUUAAUACCAGACGGCAGGUUCCAAAAGAGAUCAGAGAAUAGGUCCGUUCGCGCAUGCUGCGCCGCGAAUAUCCGGGGGUCCGCUGUAUAUUUACAUACGGCGUGCAUAGGAAGAAAGCAAACUUCCAUGAUGCGCACACAAGUGGAAUUGUCGGUAACGUUCCGUACAAGUCCACCCUGGUCCCUGAAAUAACUUGAAACUCACAAUAAAUAAAUACAAAUACUGAAAAUUAACUUGGGAAAAUCUGCUGUCGCGUGCGGUCCAACAGAAUUCUGACCGAAAAGAAAAAUGACUUGGAAGGAGCCCAAGUAUACAAUCUGGAGAGAAGGCCCCCUUCCACGCUGAGGCGGCUGGAGCGGCUUGCUCGUGACGAUUGGCAGGCACAAAGUCUCUUUGAGAGUUACUGACACGAUUUGAUUGUGGCGAUUCUUUGACAACAAUUCUGUUGGACCGCAAUGCCUGCUUUGAACUGGUUAAUAUGAAUUAUUACGAUGGGAAGUUUGAAGUUCUUUCACGGACGUUUGCCAACAAUGUGUGUGUAUGUUGUCCGUGCAGUGUUAUAGACGGCCGGAGCGAGGGUUGGAUACAACGUACUCAUCUGUAACCAUGCACGUGCAGUUGAAAGUUACUUUUCACAUUAACGUGUCUCAGUUAAAUAAUGGCAGAGGGCGUACGUACCGGAGCUGCACGAUAUUUGCUUGAGCGCCGUCAUCGCGAUGUACAUUUGCGCAAUAGUCACAUCGCAGGGUCUGCUGCGAUGUUGGUGUACUGUAAAAUACAGUCAAUCAACUGUAGUAUUAAAAGUGACCAGCAGAGGGACCUGUUUGGACACACUCAAAAGCUUAACAGAUUGGACGCUCGCUGGAUUUCCUGUUUUGCGGCAGUGCGCGAGGUGUUGUCAGGAGCACUGCGUGUUGGCGGUCCGUCUGUUCUUUCCUAAUACAGUACAUAUUAGAAAAAUGGAUGACAUGGAAAAUGAUUAUUUGUAUCAGAAUACUUUACUUCUUAAAACAAUGUAUGAUCAUG